AUGAUGAGCUGCCAGCUGACGUCGCCCGACAAAAAAUUGUUGUCCUACGGGCGUUGCAAUGGUGGCUUCAAGUGGGACGAAGCGAAGAAGGCUUGCGUCGUUAGUGCCGAUCCAAAAGACGAGAACCCUGAUCUGUACCCUGGCGAUCCGGAGAAUGGUGGCAAUGAUCAUUGGCAGGGAGAGUACCCGGAAACGGAUGCGGAUAAUGUGUGCGGAGCUAGGGCCAUCUUCCCCACCUCCGAUCGUUGUUGGGCCAAAUGGCUAGGCGUGCCGGAGAGUGAGCUGUGCGACGUGAAGAACGGUGGCGUCGCCAAGUCCCCACUUAUCGCCCAGAAGAUGUUCACCAAGGGCUUCUGCAACUGCGACGGCAUGUCCGAGGGAACCGGGUUUAAUUGCUAUUCCGAAUGCACAAAGAAGGACAAGACCAAGGUCAACUGCCCUGGAGACCGCAUGUGUAGACGCUACGUCAACGGCACUCUCUACUGCGGAUGCGCCGAGGGCUUCCAAUUUGUCAGCGGAAACGGAGGGACAGCUUGUGUUCCGAUCCAACCCCCCUGCGAGUCUUGCCAGUACGACUGUCACAUCACUUCCAAAUGUAUCCCGCUUGGCGAGACGUCCUUCGUUUGCUCAAAAUGCAACCCACAACUCGGUUUUGAGGAUGUGUCCAGCCAACCUGGAGUUCAGCCAGGAAAAUCUUGUCGAGAUGUCGACGAAUGCGCUCGAGAUCACGAGUGCGACCGCAACGCCCAGUGCGUCAACCAGGAGGUCCUCUCCAACGCCUUCCACUUCAAGUACUCUUGCGUGUGCAAGAAGGGAUGGCGCGGAAUGAACAGCACCGGCACUAAAUGCCACCCUUGUCGAGAUGAGAACGAGUGCAAGGUCGAGGGUAUCUGCGGCCCCGGGGCGGAAUGUCGCAACACGGAGGGCAGCUACAUUUGCAACUGCAAGGAUGGAUACCAAAAGGGGGCUGAUGGAAAAUGCCACGACAUCGACGAGUGCGUCCUGCGACCCUGCCACAGAUAUGCGACUUGUACCAACACCGAGGGCAGCUACAACUGCACUUGCGUCGCCGGUUUCAGAGAUGCCCCGAAGCCAUGGGUUGUCAAGCCGCAAGUGGAUUGUGAAUUGGACCCGGCUGUACACUGUGCCAAGUGUGACAAUGCCACGACGAACUGUGUGCUUGAGGCUGGACGGUACCAGUGCCAAUGCAAGAAGGACCACGUCUACGUCGACGGCCAAAAGUGCAAGCCCAAGGAAUGGUGCGUCAAUAACGCCGACUGCGCCCCGGCUCCGAAGGGAAAAUGCAUCGAGUUGGUGCCGCUGGGAAGCGGAUACCGAUGCGAGUGCCAGCCCGGAUAUGAAGGAGAUGGAAAGAAGUGCUCUGCCACAAACGUCUGCAACCGUGAAGCUCCAUGCGCCCUCGUCGCCCACGCUGACUGCCUGUCUCCAGAUGGCAAGAACUACUUCUGCCAAUGCGAAAAAGGAUUUGUCCGCCAACUCGCCGAAGAAUCCAACAGACUUGCCCCGUGCUACAGUGUCAACUCGUCCCAGGUGAACAACUGCUCGAUAUGCGAUCCGGCGACUCAAGUGUGCAAGCCCGUUCUCGACCUGUUGGGCCAGCCGGACCCCAACUUUAAGACGUGCUAUUGCAAGGACGGGUAUGAGAUGCGCAAGGACGGGAAGCCGGGAUGUGUUAACAUCAACGAGUGCCAGUACGAGAGCAUGAACAACUGCGACCCCAUCCGUGGAAAGUGUGUCGACAAGGUGCCCCACCUCGACGGGGGCAAGACGUUCGAGUGCAAGUGCCAAAAUGGAUACAAGGGAGACGGAACUCGGGAUUCGUGCAAGAAUAUUGAUGAAUGCACUGAAAACAAGACCCCACCGUGCGCCGGCCAGCAUAUGAAGUGUGUCGACUCGCCCGGAAGCUACCAAUGCGUCUGCGACAAGGGUUACACUAUGAUCGCUGGCAUGAUGGUGUGCCUCGACGUCGACGAGUGCAAGGCAAGCCCAUGCCCCGCCAACUCACAGUGCUUCAACAAGGACGGUACCUUCGAGUGCAAGUGCGCCAAAGGGUUCAAGUCAGAAGGAGAGCUGCUGCCGAAGGGAAGCGGAAAAUGCGUUGAUGUCGACGAGUGCAAGGAGUUCCCGGUCACCUACAAGAAAUCGGCUUGCAAUGAGGAGACCAGUACUUGCCGAAACACCCCCGGAAGCUGGGAGUGCGAGUGCAAACGACCGUUCUACAAGGCUGUUGGAGAGGACUGUGAAGACGUUGACGAGUGCGCCGACGGCUCCGACAACUGCGACAAGGCGACGACCACUUGUGGAAAUAUCAAGGGAGGAUACCAGUGCAAAUGCAAGAAGGGAUACGAGAGACCCGCCAAUUCGACUGAUGGUUUUGCCUGCAAGAACAUUGAUGAGUGCGCCAACGGAGUCGCCAAGUGCAACGCCAACUCGGAAUGCGUCGAUUUGCAAGGAGGGUAUUACUGCAAGUGCGAGAAGGGCUUCAAGGAAUCCACGACCCACUUCGACCCGAUCCAUCCGGUUUGCGUUCGAGACAGCGUCUGCUCCGAUGACAAGUGCACCUGUGGAAGCUGCGUGGACACCGACAAGCCACCGUACUACAAGUGUAUCUGCCCCUACGGGUCGUUCCAACCUACGGAGCUGGUGUGCCUUGGCCAGAAACACUGCGACAAGGACUACCCGUGCGGUGACAACGGAAAGUGCGUCGAUGGAGAAUGUGUCUGCGACGAGAACUAUGAAUGGAUCACGUUCCCGGGACCGUACACAAACGAGACGAUGAAGGAGAGACCUGGAUGCCAAUUAAUCAAUCUUUGCGACCGCCAGGGAUGUCCUACCCCGGCUAUGAAAUGUACUCCACUGGAUACGCAUCCCUUUAAGCGAUGCGAGUGUCCGCUUGGGUUCAAGUAUUCGAGGGAUUUGGUUGCUUGCAUUGAUAUCGACGAGUGUACCGAGGAAGUCUUCGGCGUCACCUGCCCCGACCAUUCGAGAUGCGUCAACUACAACGGAACCUACGGAUGCGACUGCGAAUGGGGAUUCAGUAAUGCCAACUCCGAGGCCCAAACCCGCGCCCAAAACCCGCUGUGCGUCAACGACAACGAGUGCGAGAAGGGCACGCAUAACUGUACCAAAGUUCCGAACAGCGUCUGCAAGGAUUUGGCGCCAGGAUUCUCCUGCGAGUGCAAACCUGGGUAUUUCAAGACGACUGACAGAACGAGGAGCUGUGGAAGGGCGAAGAACUGCUUGGCCGAAACUUGCAUGGACAUCGACGAGUGCAAGAAUGCCACCUGCCCGCAACAUGCCAAGUGCCACAACACCGAUGGAUCCUAUUACUGCGAAUGUGACAAGGGCUACCGCAUGGAAAAUGGUGUCUGCGUCCGCGUCAACUACUGCAAAGGCGAGGGCGGCGGCCACAAUUGCACCCGAUUCGAGGUCUGCUGCCUCACCGACGACUUCUUCAAGUGCGACUGCCAGAAGGGAUACGAGCGCAACCCGAAGUUCGGAAAUUGCACAUAUAUCCCAAUCUGCGGCACCGACAAGGACACGUGCAAGACGAAGAACAUGAAGUGCGUUGAUGACAGCACGAACGGGAUCACGACCUGUCAAUGCAAGGAGCACCAGAAGUACAUCAAUGGGGCGUGUAUUGACAUCGACCCCUGCACCUUCCAACCUUGCCCAACCGGCAGCCAGAACCUCUGCGUGAACGACAAGACCAACGCCGACGGCUACCGCUGCGACUGCGCCAAGGACUACAAGAAGAACCCCGAGUGCGCCACCGCCCAUCCCAACAACUGUAGCUGCAUCCCGGAGGACCUUUGCGUCAAGUACUCCUGCCCGAAGGACUCGCAAUGCCAAUGGAAGGACAGCAAGAGAACAUGUGUCUGUAACGAUGGGUACCAGAUGAACCCGAUGAAGGAGGAGUGCCUGCCACUUGACGGUUGCAAAUUGGCCGAUGGGAAGCCGAAGUGCUCGCCUGUUGUUGAGGAAUGUCAGCCAAUUGGACCUGGAAAGGCCCGAUGCGUGUGCAGUAAGACGGCAAUUCUGGUCCGCGAAAAAUGCAUUGCGAAUCCCUGUAAUGAGGCUUCAUUCAAAUGCCCCACCGAAGCCACGAAGAUGCAGACCACCGACUCCAAGGGCGUCCCCAUCUGCGUCUGCCAAUGCCCCGAGGGCAAGAAGUUCGAGAACGGCGCUUGUGUAGCCGUAGAUGUUUGUGGAUGCCUGCCAGCCCUCCCGCCCUGCAAGAACACCAAAGUGUGUCCGUCUCCCGAACAGGAGUGCCGAGUCUGGGGCGGAGAGGCCCACUGCGAGUGCCCGAUUGGAUUUGAAUACGAUGAGAAGACGAAGACGUGCCCGGAUUACGACGAGUGCAAGAACAACACCUUCUGCCCGCCGACGACCAAGUGCACGAAUUUGCCAGGGUCUUACAAGUGCACUUGCCUGAAACGAGGCCAGAUCUACGACAAGGUCAGCGGAUUGUGCAUUCCCGAUUCUGGUUGCCAAGAAGAGGCCCAUUGCAGCGACGACGUCAACAAGUUCUGCGAGAGAGUCGGAAACAACGAAAUGUACUGCGUAUGCCACGAGCCCUACCAGGGAAGUGGACUUCCCGGCGAGAAGUGCACACCCAUCGACUACUGUGCCUUGCCGCAAUACAAGGACGUUUGCGGAAAGGUUGAGGGUGCCAUCAAGGUCGUUGAUGCUAUUGGGAAAACUUGCAAGUGCUCCUGCAAAUCUGGCUGCGUGCCGGUGUUCGACAAGAACUUUGCGGUGACUCAAUGCAAGGACAUUGACGAGUGCGCCGCCAACCCCCAGAUCUGCGCCAACGAGCAGUACACAGAGUGCAAGAACAAGCCGGACCUUUGUGGAGGCUACGAGUGUGUCUGCAAGGAGCACUACCGUCGCAGCGCCAAUGGCAAAUGCGAGCGCAUAGACUACUGCAAGGAGAACAAGGUUGACUGUGGCUCCAACGGAAAUUGCGAGCCGAACACUGGCUCAUGUAUCUGUAACCCAGGAUACCAAUGGGAUCAUAUCACCAAGCAAUGCAGCGACAUCAACGAGUGCAACACGUGGCCGUGCCGCGAGCACGAGUUCUGCCAGAACACCAUUGGCAGCUUUGAGUGUGUCUGCGAGGGCGGUUUCAUCAGAAAGACCGCCAACGGACCGUGCGAGGACGAGAACGAGUGCGAGAACCCGAAGAACCCGUGCCCGGAACACUCAACAUGCGUCAACCUCAAGGGCGGUUUCCGAUGCCAGUGCGAGAAUGGGUACCUUCAGAAUGGAGAGUUCGACUGUGCGCAUAACUCCACCGUGUGUGAGACGUGUCCGAAGAAUUCGCACUGUCUCCGAACUGUUGCCAAGGACACCAUCUACAACUGCACCUGCAACGACGGAUUCCGACUCAAUGGAGCGGAGUGCCAGAACAUCGAUGAGUGCAAGGAGAAGAAGCCGUGCCAUGUCAAUGCGACGUGUACGGAUUUGACGCCCGGCUACUCGUGCCAGUGCAACAAGCCGCUGAUUGGGGAUGGAGUGACGGAGUGUACAGUUCCCGACUUCUGCGACCCGAGCUACGGCUUCAUGGACUGCCCCACCGAUUCGAAAUGCGUACCUCUCUGGCCGGGUGUGACUACCGCUGACAACAAGACACACUACGUCACCUGCAAGUGCACCUCCAGCGGACUCCGCUUCAACGAGACGACGAGAACUUGUCAAGACAUCGACGAGUGCAAGGAGGACCCGGCCAACGUGUGCCCCAAGCAAGCCGUCUGCCAGAACACCAUCGGCGGCUACAACUGCAAAUGUCCGGCCGGCUACAAGUGGGAACCCGACACGAACAAGUGCGACAACAUCAACGAGUGCUUGUGCCCGAUCAAUGGCUGCUACGACAAGAACAAGUGCGGACUGACGACCGGACGUUGCCAAGACACCGAUGGGUCCUGGAUCUGCAUCUGCGAGAAAAACUUUGGACAUCCUAAAGGAUCCACUGACAAUCAGACCUGCGAGCGCAUCACCUACUGCGGCACUGAACUCGACGACUGCGACAAGAAAACCACCGACUGCAAGGAGACGAGCGACGGCUUUGUCUGUGCCUGCAAGUCUGGGCUUCACUACGUACCGAACACCAACAACAAGAAGUGCGAGGACAUCAACGAGUGCAUGGACGGCACGAACACGUGCGACGGACCGUUCCAACAGUGUACCAACACGUACGGAGGAUUCUACUGUAAUUGCACCAACGAUGUCGUUACCUCAUCGACUGUUGCCGGGAAGCUAAAAUGCGCUCCUACGGCGAACUGUUCGACACCAAUCGAUUGUGGACCAUACGGGUUUGCCAAGGAGGAGAACGGAAAGUGCGUCUGCAAAUGUAUGAACCGAUACGAGUGGAAUCUGCAAGAAAAGACGUGCAUCCCGGUCGGAACCUGUGAAGCCCUCGGAGAAUGCCCGCUCAAUUCGGUGUGCCGCUUGACGCAACGACAAAAUGAGACUCAAGACGGUUCUCCGAAUGCCUUGGGCACGUACGCGGCUUGUGUGUGCAACCCGGGCUAUGUGAUGAAGAACUUCCAAUGCCAUCAGAUCAGCAUCUGUGAGCAGCAGCCGACGAUUUGUGGGAAUGGCAAAUGCCUCCCCGACUCCGUCGAACCCUACAAGAAGUACACGUGCAGCUGCAACGACAACUCCAAGGCCGUCCAGACCCCAGAUGGCGUUCGCUGCGAGCAAGCCAGCUGCGACACCCGCAACCCGUGCGACCCGAACACCGGGGUCUGCUCUGUGGUUCAAUCGUCCGUGCGUUGUGACUGUAAGCCCGGAUACGAAGGUGUUGGAACCAUCGAGAGCCCGUGCUUGCCGAUCAAAAUCUGCGAGCUCUACAACCCGUGCUCCAAAUUCGCGCACUGCACGGAAGCCAACGGCGUGGCCAAGUGCGAUUGUAACAAGGGAUACACCGGAAACGGAACCUGGUGCAAAGACGUCGACGAGUGCGCCACCGGGCAGCACGACUGCUUCCCAGGAGGCCAGUGCACCAAUACCCAGGGCAGCUACCAAUGCAAGUGCCCCGAGGAGUACGAGGGUGAUGGAAAGACCUGCACACCCAUCAAAUACUGUGCCAACAAGAUCGACAAGUGUGACAGGGAGUCGACUAACUGCCAGGACGAGUACGUCAGCUACAGCUGCAAGUGCAAGGCCGGCUUCCAGAAAAUUAUUGGCAACAAGUAUCGCUGUGAAAACAUCAACGAGUGUGUGCCACAAAACCCGUGCCCGCUUCAUGCCGUCACCAAGCAGCCCUUCAAAUGUAUCGACUCGAUCGGCUCCUACUCGUGCCAGUGCAGCGAUGGAUACGUUAACAUCGAUGCUUUCCACUGCAAAGACAUCGACGAAUGCCUCCAAGACCCAUGCCUCGCCAACUCAGAGUGCGUCAACAAGGACGGAACCUUCGAGUGCUUGUGCGAUGAUGGCUAUAACAAGACCGAGACCGGCAAGGGACCACUUGAUUACCACUGCGAUAUCUUCCCCAUCUGCGAUAAACAGCCGGACAUCUGCGACCGCAAGACCAGCAAGUGCGAGAUGAUUCCGAACAAGCCUGCCUACACCUGCACCUGCCUGCCAGGAUACGCCAAAGCUGACGAGAAGGCACCAUGCAAAGACAUCAACGAAUGCGAGACCGACGAGAUCAAGAACCACCUCAACGGCCUCGGCAAGAACGUCACCUGCAAGAACAACGAUGGUGGCUACGAGCUGGAGUGCAAGACUGGAUACAAGACGGUUGAGUCCAAGGAAACCAAACUCCUUGUCUGCGGCCCGAUCAACGAGUGCGCCACCGAUCCGGCUUGGGCGAAGGCGCUCAAGGUCAUCGAGGAGUUCAAGCAAAAGGUCAUGAACAAACAACCGUUGACGAUGAACGACUUGGCCGGCGCUCUACCGAAAGCUGAAGUCCCAGACUCACCAUAUGCCAAGUGCCUUGCCACCCAGCGCUUCCCAAUGUGCGUCGACCUCGACUACGACUCUGGCUCCAACGCCCAGUUGUACGAGGAGGAGAGCCCCGACGAGUUGAAGGAGUUCAAGGGCUUCGGUUGUCGCUGUGCUGACGGUUCGGACCCGCAAAAGAACGGUGACUGGAUGGAGUGUCAACAAAGCAUCUGCCGUUGCCUUGGCGAGAAUGUCGACCCGAAGUGCGUGAACGGCGUCCCCGGCCAGUGCCAGUGUCGUCAGGAUCCGGUUAAGAAGUUCUACCGCCGCAUCGACAAGCAAGGAAACUUGUACUGUUCUGAAAACCAGUGCGACACCGCCACCAACAUGACCGGCAUCAAGAACGGACUUGACGUCGAUAUCCAAUGCAUGAACGGAAAGCUGAUCGUACCAGCCGGUUGGGAGAUCAUCGAAUCGGAGAACAGCAACACGGAAUAUAUCGUUCGGGACAUCAACGAGUGCGCCAAGAGCAACCCCUGCUGCGACGCGCAAAACUGCGAAGGCCCAGCCUGCGUCAAAUGCUUCAACACGCCCGGAAGCUACGAAUGCCGAGUCUCGACGACGAACGGCGACUUCAAGUGCGUCCCCGGGAAGUAUGACGCCAAGACUUGUCUAUGUGCUGAAGCCGUCUGCAACGUCAAGCAGGCUUGGUUCUACUCGUGCACCGGCUGUAACGUGACUUCCCGGACGUUCGCGAAUGAUAACCGACCGGUCUGCUCAAACAUCCUGAAGGAGGACCUCUCUGGCUUCCAGACGUUCAAGAGCUUGAAGGAGCUCUUGGCCCAUACUUGCGAUGCGUACCUGCUCGCUGGCCAGGGCUACUGUGCCAUGAAUUUGAAUGCCAACCCUGACGACGCCUCUCAACAUCCUACCUUCAAUUAUUACGGGGAAUGCAAUGAAUCCGCCGCGCCAAAGUGUGAAGCCGGCGUCACUCCAUCCCGUUCCCAGACGAUCAGCAGCCUGGCCAAGGAGUUGUACAUCUGCUACUACGCGCCGACCUACAAAUCGGGCGAACUCCCCGCCGGCGCCACCACGUCGAACGUAAUCAGCACGGUGAUGUGCCAGAACCAAUACUCGUCGAAGAACUGGGCCUUCCAGCAAGUCGGCCAGAAGCUGGAGCAGAAGAAGGUGAAGGUAGCU